UAGCACGCCGGAGCCGGGAGAGGGGGGCCCCCAGGCGGGUCGGCGGGUGUCUCCGGCCCUUGGCUCCGCUGUCGGCUGUCCUGCGAAGUGGAGUUCCUGCCGAUGGGAGACGGGAAAGGAAGUUCUGCCCCCCUGCCCAGAGCGGGAAGCAGGGCCACUGGGAGGGCCAAACACCCCCUCUCCUGCCCAUUUCGCGGAGGAGCAAGCCAGGGCGCGGAGGGGCGAGGCUGGCUGAGCCAGGUGCCUUGAGGACCACAAAACGCCCUGGACGCUGCGAGUGCCUCAUCCAGGGCUUUCCAGAACAGCAGCCUCAACAGCAAUGGCCCCGCCUUGGGUGUCCGCCGUGGGCUUCACGUUGUUGCCCAGCGUAGGGGCCUACCUGGGCUCCCACCAUACCCGUGGCGAGGGCCUGCGCUGGUAUGACAGCCUGCAGAAGCCCUCAUGGCACCCGCCCCGCUGGGCGCUGGGCCCCAUCUGGGGCACGCUCUAUUCAACGAUGGGGUAUGGCUCCUACAUGGUCUGGAAAGAGCUGGGAGGCUUCACAGAGGAGGCUGUGGUUCCCCUGGGCCUCUAUGCUGGGCAGCUGGCCCUGAACUGGGCGUGGCCUCCCAUCUUCUUUGGUGCCCGACAGAUGGGUUGGGCCCUGGUGGACAUCCUGCUGGUGGGCGGGAUGGCGACAGCCACAGCUGUGGCCUGGCACCCGGUGAGCCCAGCAGCUGCCCGCCUGCUCUACCCGUACCUGGCUUGGCUGGCCUUCGGGUCUGCACUCAACUACUGCCUAUGGCGGGACAACCGUGGCCGGCGUGGAGGCGGGCGGCUCGCAGAGUAAGGGCACCCUGCCCUGUGAGGACCUCAGCUGCCGCCCGGCGCUGUCAGUAGCCCUCUCGCUUUUACAGGCCUUGGGUCUGUCUGGGUCUGUCUGGGUCUCUGCCCAGGGGGUCACCACCACCUGCAGAGGGCUCUGGGCUGCUGGCCCACCCUAGGAACAGUCCUGAGCUUUCUGCCCUUCACGAAGCUUGCUCUCAGAAUGUGGAAUUUUAUAAGCCAAAUAAAAUUUUUAACUUCCUA